UUUUCUAAGCGGUCAAAAAUAUUGCUGUAGCUGGCUUGCUACGUUUAAAAAAGCCAGAGCUACCAUAUAGUAAGAGUCGAUAAUAAGAUAAAUGAAAAAAGAAAUUAUACAUCAACUCAACCUUGGGACUUCUGAAACUCAGCAUAGCACCUCGAAGGAUUCAGCCAGGAAUGGUUUAUCAGGCAACAGAACUUCCUCCACCACAGAGUGAUCAGUCACCAGACAAUCCUCCCGGAAACGCACCAAGAAUCAAACUUAGAGAUGGAAGAUAUCUGGCUUACAGGGAGCAAGGAGUUCCCAAGAACCAAUCAAAGUACAACGUUAUUAUUGUUCAUGGUUUUGGAAGCUCCAAAGAAAUGAAUUUUCUGGCACCUCAAGGGAUGAUCGAAGAGUUGGGGAUAUAUUUUCUGCUAUAUGACCGGGCUGGGUAUGGAGAAAGUGAUCCGAACCUAAGGCGAUCAGUCAAGAGUGAAGCACUUGACAUUCAAGAACUUGCUGAUCAAUUAGAGAUAGGAUCCAGGUUUUAUGUGAUCGGAGUCUCAAUGGGAUCAUACCCCAUCUGGAGUUGCCUCAAAUACAUACCACAAAGGUUAGCAGGUGCAGCUCUAAUAGUCCCGGUUGUGAAUUAUAAUUGGCCUUCUCUUCCCAAAAAGCUGAUAAGAGAGGACUAUAGAAGGAAUCUUGUCCAGUGGACAUACCGGUUUGCAAAAUAUGCUCCUGGACUCCUGCACUGGUGGGUUACGCAGAAGUGGACCCCUUCAACUUCUGUACUGGAAAAAAACGCUGCAUUCUUUAACACUCACGACAUAGAAGUCUUGAAGAAGAUACCAGGAUUCUCAAUGCUAAGCCAGGAAAAAAUACGGCAACGAGAUGUUUUCGAUACUCUCCGUCAUGACUUUAUAGUGGCUUUUGGAGACUGGGAAUUUGAUCCAAUGGAACUAAGUAACCCAUUCCUGCAGAAUGAAGGCUCUGUUCACAUCUGGCAAGGUUAUGAAGACAAGGUUGUGCCAUUUCAACUUCAAAGAUGUAUUUCAAAAAAGCUACCCUGGAUUCAGUAUCAUGAAGUUCCUGGAGGUGGACAUCUAAUUGUGCAUUAUACUGGUUUAUGCGAGGCUGUUUUGAGAGCACUUUUGCUAGGAGAAGAGCCUCUUACAUUAGACCAAAUACAUCCAUAAUUUGUACCUUAAAUUUGUCACAUCAUUAUUUCAUUGUUCAACAUGUUCAAGUAAGUAGAUUGACUUUUAGGGAUUGUAAGCAUGUCAAUUACAUUUGUCAUUUGAAUGAUUGAAGAGUAUAUGAUUCUUUCC